CAGCUCACAACACUUGGUGGAGAAGCCCAAAACCCACGAACCCUCUUCUCUCAAAAUGCCACGUUGGAGUUGGAUCAAACCAGAUGUCUAUCCGCUGGUAGCGGCCAUGACGUUUGUGACGAGUAUGUGUGUGUUUCAGCUCACAAGGAACGUCUUCCUGAACCCUGACGUGAGAAUCAACAAGGAUCGCCGGAAAAUGGCAGUGCUCGAAAACCAGGAGGAAGGAGAGAAAUACGCCGAGCAUGGUCUCCGCAAGUUUCUCCGCACACGCCCGCCUGAGAUUAUGCCUACCAUAAACCACUUCUUCUCUAAACCUGAGAACUAAUUCUCUCACUUCAUGGUGGCUAUAUAUGCAUGAAUUCCUUUCUCUAUUCAUAUAUAUGUAGAUGUGCUUAUGGCCUGUUCGAGCUUAACUAUCCAGUUCUGAAUGAUAAUGGAGUACUGAGUUCAAAGCUUUUGAAUGUCUGUGAAUAAACAUUCCUUUUAAUGCUUAAUUUUAAGAGCUUUUGAA